AUGGAACUCCCCGCAAGUGGCAGGUUGCAGGAUGCGCCAAGUUGGAACGCGGUGAUGACGGCUUGCCAGGCAGCUGCACAGUGGCGGGUGGCUCUGGGCAUCUACAGCGAUGCCCGUGCUCGAGGAAGGCUGCCGCCCUCUCGCCUGGCCUUGCUCAGCGCCUGCGAGCGCGGCAGCGCCUGGCGCGCCGCGCUGCAGAUUUUUGCCCACGGAGGCGAGGCCGUGGAGAAAGCCGCCGCAACGACCAUGACCGCGUGCUCCCGCAUGCUUCAGUGGGAGCUGUCCUUGGGGCUCCUUGCCGAGGUCCGCAGUGCGCGGAUCCGGCCGGAUGCUCGCAGCCUGACGGCUGGCAUCGCGGCCUGCGAGAGGGGCCGGCGAUGGGUUGCUGCGCUGGCCCUGUUCGCAGAGCUCGCGGCCGCGGACGCUGACGAUAUCGUGGCUCUCAAUGCCGUGCUGGGUGCCCUGGCUGGGCAUUGGCGGCUUGCGCUUUUGCUGGCCUCUCCGAGGAUGGAUAUGGCCAUGGAGGGCACCUACCAUGCAAUUCUGGGUGCCCUGGAGACUUCGUCGCGAUGGUGGCAGGCCAUCCACCUAUUUCAUGCCGGCCGUCGUGAAGGCCGCUGCGGCAUCGUCGGGUUGAACAGCGCCUGCAGCUCACUGGAGAAGGCCAUCAAGUGGGAGCUGGUGCUGAGCCUCUUGCAAGGCUCCGUUGGCCGCGAUGUCAUCAGCUACACUGCGCUGCUCGCGGCGUGUAGCAGAGCAAUGCGCUGGCAACAGGCCCUGGCAUUCCGAGAGGCAACUGGGCUGCUUGGAGCCGCCCUCCUGUCAGCGGCUGCACAGCUGGCAGGCCACUGCGAGCCACUUCAAGCACCGUUACCAUUGAAGUGCUGUCGGGAUCAGUGUUCUUCUGCCUAG